AUGGAAUUCAAAAUCAUAGAAAGUAAACGAGGAUGUCGUAUGGCAGUGUAUAAUAAAUUUAAAUAUAACUUUGGAUCAACAAGUAAAGAAGACGGAUUUACCCGUUGGAGAUGUGUUACGAGAACUUGUAGUGCACUAAUAUACUCAGACAAGAGUGAUUUUUUUCUUUCAACGGCUGGAGAACAUAAUCACGAAUCUUACGAUCUAACAAAUAUUUAUCGUCAAAUUGUAAAUGUUGGAUGUAAACGUAAAGCUGUAGAAGAUAUGCAUGUACAAUCGAAAAAAGUAGUAUUAAAGGAAAUUGCUCCUAAUGACCAUGCAGCAACAACAUUUACUGUAAAUGAUAUUAACACGUUCACGGCCACAGUAUAA